AGGGUUGCAGUCGAAGAAACGACGACGACGGAUUGAGAAAGAUUUCCCACGCUGGUUUUUUUUGUGUUGAGCCAUUGCGGGCAAUCUCUCCAACGACGACAAGCAAGCAAGAACAAACACCCACGAAGCAAGCAGACGAGUACGCUCUAGUCUUUCUGGAAAACAAAGACUGGUUACCUUGUCCCAAUACCCUGUUGGUCAUUCCCACUCGCGCGUCAUCUCCUGUCCACCCAACACACAACGCCAUUUCCACGGGACUCUUGUCAAGCACAGCAGGUUCCUCCUCUUUGGGUUGCACCUUCCGCCGUACGAACGAGUCGCUCUUCUUCUGGUUGCUUCAGCUUUCACAUCCCCCGACACGCCAGCUGCAGGUCAAGAGCCACGGCCCUGUCAAAAAACGCCCGCAGUUGUCCGUUUUCAUUUUUUUUCCUUUUUAUUUGACGGGCCGCCACUAGACCCCGAUACGUUUAAGAACCUUAUCGUCCUGUUACGCAAAUACACGAGGACGCUUCUUCGCACUUUUGAUACCCGGCCGCCGGAACAUUAAAGAAGUCAAUUCUAAACGUGAACGUUGGCCACGCCGAGGGGAAAUCGUCUUCUUUUGGUCAACGCCGUCGUCUACGGGUUUUGCCGAAGCAUUUGUUGUUUCGUCAGGGACUUACUCCAUUCUCGAUUGGCAUUGAAUUACCUUGCCGGUUUGCAUCAACACACAGUCGCUUGUUAGCCCUGCUUGUUCGUCCUCGCCAUGGUUGUGCAGCUGCAUUCAUCGUCGGCAGGUCAUAUAGCCACGGCCACUGUCACCAUGGAAUACCCUAUAUCUGAACAUGUAUGCAGAUCCCCUCAAAUCUCCAUAGCAAUGCGAUCGUCGCCUGUUGUCUCGCCUACCACAUCCCCGCCGCCGUCCCCUCCAACCUUUUGUCACCUUCGACGGACCCCACAUCCCUAUCAGUUUACUUAUGAUGCUGGAAAUUGCCCAAGAGAGAAGCCUCAUGAACUGAAUCACCGGCCACCCACCCCACCGUCGCCUGACUCGUCGGAUGAAGGCUCUCGUUCGCCGCGUCACCAUCGACCAUCACAACAGCAUCACAGCAAAUAUUAUCGACGGAGCGCUCCAUAUUCCGAACAAGCUCACGCAACAACCUCCCAACAACAAUCCCCGCCCCCCUCAAGUGCCUCUGCCAGUCAGCAAGAGCAGCAAGGAGCACCAAAGUCACAAGAAGAACCGCCGCAACAGAGCGCGACAGGUGAAUCAAUACCUGCCGCGUCAACUCGUGCUUCCAGCUCAUUAGUUCGUCGAAGUCUGGACCUCGUCCUUCCCAUUGUCCGCAUCAUCGCCACUGCUGUGGUAGUUGUGAUUUGGUUUUCUCUGACCGUGUACCUCUUCUUCAUGUCGUAUGUGGUCUCGGUCGUCUACAGUGUAGUGCGGCGGUGUCCAGCAGUGCUAAGGGCAGCAGUGCGAGGAGCGAAAAGAUCGGCCCACGUGGCCUGGGGAUUGGGCAAAGUUGCCUACCGUGCCGGACGUGAAGCAUAUGGUACUGCUUCGCGAUUGUGGAAGGAUUACGCCAGUCCAUGGAUGCCACGACUUUUCCACUGGCCCGAGCCGAUACAGCAGCGAAUGCAAAACAGAUAUAAUGAAUCACCACCACCCGACGUGGAUGAACCCAUUAUCGAACCUCCUCCAUGGUCACCGAUUCCUGAUGAUUUUCCUACCGAAUUUGAAGGCCCAUACACCUACCCCACACCCCAAGCAUCGCCAAAGUCAACGCCUCCCUGUUCACCUUUCCUUCAGGAUAUGGAAGGGGAACAGCCUGCUUCCCCGCCACCAGGAAAAGCAUGGAGAUGGUCAGCAGCCAGCGGCAGCAGUGGUUGGAGUUUUGACAGCGGCUAUGCUGAAGAAAGGGGCCAUGAUGACACUCUCUGAAAGUUGAAGCGCAUGACACGAGCAAGACCAAGCAAAAACGGCAGUAGUGAAGUGAGGAAGUAUAGAUCGGUAGAUGAUGGUAGAUGCACAGUUUGGCAUACCGGAUUUUUCUUGCAAGAUACCCUGUUGUAGUGUGGGAAACGGAUGGAAUGUUUUUGUAUCCUCUUUGGAUCAAACACAUGCGGAAACGCGGCGCCAGACGAACACAGUAUCUAUCUGGCUGUGAUGGAGUAGGGCGUGGCAGACAUGGGCAUUGCUUUUGUGUCCUCUUCUCUACCUGGGCAGUUGGGAAUUUGUGUAGUCGAUUUAGCUUGUGUUGUUUGUGAAUCUGUCGUAUUCGAGUGUGAUGGGCGCUGUGUUUUUCUGUCUGUCAUUUAUUAUUGCUUCUGAUGUAUAAAUGCUUUUGAAGUCGUUCUUU